AUGUUGUGCAUGUAUUUUACUAAAAUUUUAAUCAUUUUUGUGCCAAUUUUACAACAUACAUUCACCAAAUCCUGCCACAAGGAACUGAAAUUAAACUGGACAGUUAGUAUAAGCGAUUCAGCAGUGGUUUCGCUGCCUCUGCUUGCAAAACUAAACAAAAACGACAAGCAUGGUUUAGUUGUCACUACUCUUGAUGGAAGUGGAAGUGUUAUUGACCCAGCUACCGGAGAAGAGGGCUCACAAUGGCCUGUGCAUUUUCCUGAAGAGUCUUUCUACUCAGGUCCUUUGUUAUAUGAUAUUAACCAAGAUGGUUCGAUGGAUAUUUUGCUUACAACAGACAAUGGCAAAAUUAUGUUUCUAUCACAAAAUGGGACAGUGUUGGCAAGAUACACCACCCCCCUGCCUUGGCUAAUGGUCAAACGUGAAUGGUAUGUUUUGAACAUACAUACAACAAAACAUUCAGAAUAUGACUUAAGCCCUGAGAAAAAUACAAGGUUCAUUACUGCGGAUGAUUAUAAUGAGCAUCAUGACGUAAAGUUUAAAUCGUUUGUAGUGCUCGAUACCCAUAUUUUAUCAACUCCUGUCAUUGGUGAUUUUAGCGGCGAUGGCAUAAACAGUGACCUGAUUAUACCAGUUAAUUAUUAUUUUGAUAACGAAGUUAAAUCAAACGAACAACGGCUGCUAUUAAACUUAACUUUAGACAAAUCUAAUCUUGACUUUUACCAGGCUAGCGGUUUAAUAGUUGUUGACCUUCGGACGAGGGAAAUAAUAUAUAAUACAACCUUCGAGUUAACAAUGAAAUCCAGUAGCUUACCUAGCUACCUGUUAUCCUCACCUACGGUUAUUGACUUAGACGGUAACUAUGGCAGUGAUGAAGUCAUAUUCGGUAGCGCAUCAGGUAGGAUACAUGUUUGGAACAAGGAUGGACAGUAUCCUUGGUCGUUUGAUUUAUCAGACUCCAUUGCUGGUAAAAUUGCAGUUGGUGAUGUGAAUGAUGAUGGACAUUUGGAGGUUAUUGCUGUUGACAAGAGUGCAAAUGUAAUGUGUUACAGUAAAGAGAAACUAAUAUGGGAGGCCAUCGUCUCUGGAACUGUAACCGCAGGUGCGCAAUUGUACGAUAUUGACAACGAUAAUAAAGUAGAAGUCGUUAUUGCAACUAACGAUGGUUAUAUAUGGGUUCUAGACAGUGAAACUGGUCAAGUCUUGCCAAAGUGGCCGGUCUCAUUAGGUAAUGAGAUUCACUCGCACGUCUUGCUUCAGACCCAACCUGAUAACUUGGUCGAUAUGUACAUCAUGUCAGGAGGAAAUUUAAAUAUUCUUGGUGGAAACACCCAAUGUCUCGAAGUUAUUCCAACAGACGAAAUAUCAUACACGCCCGUCAUUUAUGACUGGGAAAAUAUGGCUUUCAUUGUUUCAACCUCAGAUGGAGCCAUCUUGUCAUUUUCCAAUUUAGACACAAACAAGAGUAAUGUCCGAGACAAGUUUGGAAUUGUGUUCACUAAAACUACCAAUGAACUACACACGGUCACAACUGCAAGUUUUGAUGUGGAAUUUGAAAUUUAUGGUAGCCUCGUUAAAGGACAUAAUUGGGAAUCCAGAGUUGUCAUUAGUUACGCUACAGAGACGGGAGUUACACAUCACAUUAGCAAGUAUGAUAAACCAGGAGUUUAUUUGGUAACUUUGCCAUCACCAAAGGUUCCAAAGCGUACAUACAUUUUGAUAGAAUUUUGUGACAGAUUUAAGCAAUGUACUCAAGAUAGGAUAUUUAUUAGCUUUCAUCAAGGGUCAAGCAAAAAGCUUGUGCUUUAUGCUGUACUGCCAUUAUUAGUCAUGGUGGUUCUGUUGUUACUUAUACAUGGCUAUCCCGAAAGUGAUCUUUUGCCAAUGUGGUCAGAUAGUUCAAAGAAACAAUAA